AUGGCGGAAACAACAUGGCGCCGGUUUUCAGAACUUGUUGUGGUUUUCUACAAAUACAAACGGCCUACAGAGUUUCUUAUCCUCAAUUAUGCCUGCAAUCAGGUUUGAAUGCAGGAUCUAGAUACUCGUACCGAUGGUCUGCCUUACAGGGCUAUUGUGGACACCAUUUAAGACCAAAGCCAGCUGCAACAAAAAUAUUACCUUUGCUGAGCAGUAGAUUUGCUUCUUUUAAGCCAGGACUCCUCUUUGUGAGUAAGCGACAGCAACAUGGAGGUGCCAAUAUCACAGGAAAAAGCCUGAAAAGUGUGUCAUCCACAGAUGGUUUGUCAAUAAUUAAGAGAAUGUUAAAACAUGUUUGGCCCAAAGACAGACCUGAUCUGAAGAGAAGAGUGGUUGCUGCCGUAGUUCUGCUAAUUGGAGCCAAGCUGACAAAUGUCCAAGUACCAUUCUUGUUUAAGUACGCUGUAGAUUACUUGAACAACAUGGACUCAGCAUCCUUGGUUCAAACAGCAGGUGGAACUGUCUUCACAGCAUUGACAGCACUACUAUUGGGAUAUGGAGCAGCCCGCACAAGUACAUCUCUUUUUAAUGAAUUAAGGAAUGCUGUCUUUGCAAAGGUUGCCCAAGGAUCCAUCCGUGUUGUUGCAAAGAGGACAUUUCUUCAUCUCCAUAACCUGGACUUAACCUUUCAUCUAACAAGAAAGACAGGUGCUUUGUCCAGAGCCAUUGACAGAGGAACAAGAGGUAUCAAUUUCAUUUUAAGUGCUUUGGUGUUUAACAUCUUCCCAACAAUAUUUGAGGUAUCACUUGUGGCUGGAAUCUUGACAUACCGAUGCGGUAAAGAAUUUGGACUAGUGACACUGGCUUGUCUAGCAACAUAUGUAGCAUUCACACUGUCUGUCACACAAUGGAGAACCAAGUUUCGAGUGCAAAUGAAUAAAGCAGAUAACCAAGCUGGCUCUCAAGCCAUUGACUCACUUAUCAACUAUGAGACAGUUAAGUAUUUUAACAAUGAAAACUAUGAAGCCAAGAGGUAUGACGAACUCCUUGCAGAUUACGAGAAAGCAUCCCUCAAAACCACAACAAGUUUAGCUUUGCUCAGCUGGGGUCAGAAUUUUAUUUUCAGCGCUUCUUUGAGCGCAAUUAUGAUACUGGCCAGCAGGCAAAUUAUGCAAGGAACCAUGUCUGUAGGUGAUCUAGUGAUGGUGAAUGGUUUGCUAUUUCAGCUCUCUGUACCUCUUAACUUCCUCGGUUCUGUGUAUCGUGAUAUAAGGCAGUCUCUUGUGGACAUGCAAACAUUGUUUGAUCUUCACAAGGUCUCCUCGGCUAUCAAGGUCAAACCUGGUGCUUUUCCACUCGUUCUUAGAACUGGUGAUGAAAAAUCACAUGUUAUCUUUGACAAUGUGGUAUUCGGCUAUCUGCCAAACCAGAAUAUCCUUAACGGACUGACGUUCACAGUGCCAGCUGGAAAGAAGAUUGCUAUCGUAGGAGGCAGCGGCUCAGGGAAAUCCACCAUUGUUCGUUUGCUGUAUCGAUUCUAUGACCCCACAGGUGGUCGUAUCCUUGUGGCUGGCCAUGAUAUUCGAGAUCUCACGAUUGAUUCAUUGCGACAAGCUAUAGGAGUUGUACCACAAGACACAGUUCUGUUUCACAAUGACGUCUUCUACAACAUAAAUUACGGACGCAUUGAAGCUACACAAGAUGAAGUUUACGAGGCAGCUAAGAUGGCGGAGAUUCACGAUGCAGUACAACGCAUGCCUAAGGGAUAUCAAACUCAGGUCGGAGAGCGCGGUUUAAAACUUUCCGGCGGUGAAAAACAAAGAAUAGCUAUUGCAAGGGCUAUAUUGAAAAACCCACCCAUACUAAUGUACGAUGAGGCCACUUCCUCGCUGGAUUCUAUCACGGAAAUGAAUAUUCUGGACAGUCUUAAACGUGUUACAAAAGACCGUACCUCUAUCUUCAUUGCUCAUCGACUGUCCACAGUGGUGGACGCAGACGAAAUUCUUGUUUUGGAAGAGGGCCGUGUGCGUGAGAGAGGUUCUCAUUAUUCACUCAUCACAGACUCAAACAGUUUAUACGCUCAUUUGUGGCACAAGCAGCACGAGGCACAUAGAGUCGACAUUCACAGAACUCAGGUCGAUGAUACGUCAGCUGCUGGGAUGUAAUGUGUUAGGAAACUGGAAAUAACGUGGAAGCGUGGCGUUUGAUGUUCAAUUUUCAUUGUCAUUUUGAGGCAAUGAAGAGUGUUUUAGAAAUGAGUGGGCAACUAGCAAUCUCUUCGUAAAGACACUAAGCAAUUUUAAACGCAUUUUGUAGAAAGACUGUCUCUCAAUUGGUAAUGAUUUUAUUAACGUAACUUAUUUCAAUGUUGGAAACCCGCUCAGAUAUGCUCUAGUUGCCAUUACUGAAAGAGUAGGUAAACCAGCGGUAAACGCAAGACAAGGUGCCACUGGUAGAAAACGCGAGAAAAUAUGUCAGCGAACGGGUGGAAAACGUGGGAAAAACGUUUGUCCCGUAUCACAUGAUGGAAAAGAUAACCUAAGGUACUUGUGGAAUUUGUGGGUAAAAAUGUUGAACCAGGCAUUUUACCGGGUAAUGUCAGAGCUACAAUCACCAUUAACUUGUGCGGUCGAUAAGCUUAUGUGUUUAAUUAUAUUUGUGAGAACCACACCAUCAUCUGUCCAUGGCAUUGACAGUUAAUUUGUUAAAAAUUUUUCUUUUUAUACGCAAUAUGUUGUUCAAAUACAGACAUUUCAUCAUUGACAAUUUCCGACGAAUGAUUAAGUCAUUCUGGAUUCAAAACCAUCAGAUAUUGCUUCAAUUACUAAUAUUCAGACGAAAUAUAAUUAUAUAGGAAACAAGACAUGGUUUCUUCGUCAAGACCCUGACAUGAGCUAAGAAACCUGGCUGCUUCAAUUAAGUUAUUUUGCGAAGUGUUAACUUCACAGAUAGAUUCCAUGUUACCGUGUGUAUGUUCAGAAUUUUGACGCCAAAAUUUUGACGUCAGCUCUGACGAAUUACUUUACAGACCCACGGAAACGUAGCAUCUCUGUUUUAUAUGAUUAUAAGCAAAACGUUGUGAAGAGUGACCUCAUCUAUGCGUCUUUCCAUUGAUAGAUUAUAAGGAAAAACCAAUAAAAUACGUGCAUGAUUACGCUAAUCAUAAAUUAUGUACA